AUGGCUCUGGCAAAGCUACCUAAAGCUUUCGGCCUUGCUGGAAACUUUAAGAAGGGUUAUUUUCCACACUUCUUUAACACCCUGGAAAAUCAGCAAUACGUGGGUCCUUUACCAUCUGCUGAAUUUUACGGUCCGAAUCAAAUGAAGCCCGAGGACCGACAUACGUUUUUAAACUGGCAUCAAGAACAUCAGAAUGAUGUUUUUAAUUUCCAGGAGGAAAUCGUCGCAUAUUGCAAGUCGGACGUGGAAAUACUAAUGAGAGCCUCUCUUUCAUUUAGGUCGAUGCUUCUUAACGAGUGUAAGAUUUGUCCAUUCACCGAAGCAACAACAAUAGCAUCAGCGUGUAAUAAGGUGUUUGCACGAAACUAUCUGGAAGCCGAUACAAUCGCCGUUAUUCCCCGUGGUGGUUACCGAUUGGCUGAUAAUCAAUCGGUUAUCGCUUUACAAUGGUUGUUGUGGGAGGAGAACGUACGAGGAAUCACCAUACACCACGCCGAUACAGGUCGAGAACACCUAGUAGGAGGAGGACUCAAAGUUGACGGUUUUAACGAGGAGCAGCGUCAGGUAUUCGAGUUUCACGGUUGUUACUUCCAUGGAUGCACCAGCUGUUUCAAAUUUCACCGAGACACAUCGAUUGGAGGAGGUAAAAUGGAUACCAUGCGAAAUCGUUACGAGGCCACCACCCUUAAAACGACUCGACUUCGCAACCUGGGAUUUGAAGUCAUCGAAAUGUGGGAAUGUAACUUCCGCGCAUUAUUAAAACAGAGUUGUGAAGUGCGUGAUUUUGUCGAAAACCAUCCCGUGUUGGCAACAUCACCAUUGAAUCCUCGUGACGGUUUUUAUGGAGGCCGAACCGGAAACACUGUUACUUACUACAAAUGUAACGAGGGUGAGCGCAUCAAAUACAUCGAUGUAUGUUCAUUGUACCCUUUUGUGUGCAAGUACGGCCGAUUUCCUCUAGGACACCCCACAAUUUAUGUAGGAUCUGCAGCCCGGGACAUUGAUUUAUCCACCGUAGAUGGCAUGGUGAAAUGUAAAAUUUUACCACCCGCGCAGUUGUACCACCCCGUUCUCCCUGUCAGGAUGAAGGGAAAGUUAAUGUUCGCCCUUUGCAACAGCUGUGGUGAAAGUUCACAGCAGCGCUACAGGAUUGUGGAAGUGUUUGAAGUGUGGACAUACGAAACGCGUCAAUACAACCAUGCGGCGGGUCAGCCGGGUUUAUUUACAGAAAUGAUGAAUAAAUUCAUCAAAAUUAAACAGGAAGCCUCCGGCUGGCCCGCGGAUUGCAUAAACGAUGUGGUGAAACAACAACAAUAUCUGGUGGAUUUUGAAGAAGCUGAAAAAGUGAAGCUAACACCGGAACGCAUCGAAAAUAACCCUGGUCUUCGAUCCCUCGCCAAAUUAAUGUUGAAUUCGUUCUGGGGAAAGUUUGGACAACGUGAAAACCAACCACAAACAACCAUCGUCAACGAUCCUCAGGAAUGCUUUGAUCUCCUUGCGCAUCCGUCGAAGAAUGUCAACAGUAUAACUCCUGUGAAUGAACAAACUGUUGUAAUCAACUGGGAGUACGCCGACGAGGCUGUGGAAUCUCUGCCUACUGUGAAUGUGAUCCCCCGACUGGAAAAUUCAUUGGAGACAUGACCGAUGAGCUGGAGGUAUACGGUAUCGGUUCCUACAUCACGGAAUUUGUUUCGGGCGGGCCGAAAAAUUACGCAUACUCGGUGUGGUCAACGACGAAGCAGUGUAUCGAACAUGUUUGUAAGGUGAAAGGGAUCGCCUUAACAUACAGUGCUUCUCGGUUGAUUAAUUUUGAGAAAAUUAAACAAAUGGUUCUAGAAAAAACAGAUUCCAUUCGUUUGACGUCGAUGAACUUUGUGCGGACAAAAGAUCAUCGUGUAGUAACCAAAGAGGAGACAAAGACAUACAGAACGAAUUCAACAAAGAGACUCUUCAUGGAUGACAACAGUUCUCGGCCAUUCGGGUACAAGGUCCCUAGGAACUAAUUAAGUGGAAAUUAAAAAUUAAUAUAAUAAUAUAAAAAAAAGGUAACUUUGAAUUAUUAAUAUUAUAUAGAUAUAUAUGGUACAUACAAUUUGUCUAUUUUGUUUUUGAUAUAUUCAACGCGUACAACCGGGUGAGAAACGGACUUGUACACUCAGCCUACAUCGCAGCCACCACAACUACACUUAUGAGCCUCAGUCAAAUAAUCAAUCACAAAAAAGGUGUAUCACUACAAAAAUUACCAUUGAAUAAUUAAUAUUGUAUAUGUAUGUUUUCUGUUUAGAAACACGGUAUUUGCACCAAUCAACGACUGGGAUUCGAAAGCAACAACGAAAGAAAGAACUUUUUCACCUCUUUUUCAU